AUGGCCCUCAGUGAUUUGGCAAUAGGAAUGAUCUUCUUAUCUCAGACCAUAGUUGGAUUCCUGGGAAAUUUCCUUCUUCUUUGUCAUUAUAGUAUUCUUUAUUUCACCAGAUGCACAUUAAAGUCUGCAGAUUUGAUUCUUAAGCACCUGACUGUAGCCAACUUCUUGGUCAUACUUGCUAAAGGAAUCCAGCAGGCAAUGGCCACUUUGGGAAUGAAAUAUUUGCUCAGUGAUAUUGGAUGCAAACUUGUUUUCUAUGUUCACAGGGUGGGCAGGGGUGUGUGCAUCUGCACUGUCUGUCUUUUGAGUAUCUUCCAGGCCAUCACAAUCAGUCCCAAGAAUUCCAGGUGGGCAGAAUUGAAAUUACAAUCCCCCAAAUACAUUGGACCCACCCACACCCUGAUUCUGUGCUGGAUUUUGAACAUGCUGGUAAAUAUUACCAUUCCUGUGUAUAUAACUGGCAAGUGGAACAGCAAAAACAACACAGAGAAAAAUGAUUUUGGAUACUGCUCUGCAGUAGGUAAAAACAGAAUUACACGCUUACUACUUACACAUUGAUCAUUGAUGUCAUCCUAUGAUGUUGUGUGUUUAGGACUAAUGACCUGGGCCAGCAUCUCCGUGAUUUUCUUCCUGUACAGGCACAAGCAGCGGGUCCGACACAUUCAUAGCACCAACCUCUCCCCCAGAUCCUCCCUUGAGUCCAGAGUUACCCAAAAAGUCCUUGUUCUGGUGAGCACCUUUGUAUCAUUUUACACCCUCUCCUCCAUCUUUACAUUAUACCUGGCCUUUUUUCAUAAUCCCAGUCCAUGGCUGGUGGACGUCUCUGCACUGAUAACUUCUUGUUUCUCUGCAGUCAGCCCAUUUGUUCUCAUGAGUCAUGACCCGAGGAUAUUCAGACUCUGCUCUGCCUACUGUGGAUGGACUACACGGUUUCUUUAG